AUGGUGCCAUUAUUGGUGGUUAUGGUGCCAUUAUUGGUGGCUAUGGUGCCAUUAUUGGUGGUUAUGGUGCCAUUAUUGGUGGCUAUGGUGCCAUUAUUGGUGGCUAUGGUGCCAUUAUUGGUGGCUAUGGUGCCAUUAUUGGUGGUGGUGCCAUUAUUGGUGGUUAUGGUGCCAUUAUUGGUGGCUAUGGUGCCAUUAUUGGUGGCUAUGGUGGGUGGCUAUGGUGCCAUUAUUGGUGGCUAUGGUGCCAUUAUUGGUGGCUAUGGUGCCAUUAUUGGUGGCUAUGGUGCCAUUAUUGGUGGUUAUGGUGCCAUUAUUGGUGGUUAUGGUGCUAUGGUGCCAUUAUUGGUGGCUAUGGUGCCAUUAUUGGUGGCUAUGGUGCCAUUAUUGGUGGCUAUGGUGCCAUUAUUGGUGGUUAUGGUGCCAUUAUUGGUGGGUUAUGGUGCCAUUAUUGGUGGCUAUGGUGCCAUUAUUGGUGGCUAUGGUGCCAUUAUUGGUGGCUAUGGUGCCAUUAUUGGUGACUAUGGUGCCAUUAUUGGUGGCUAUGGUGCCAUUAUUGGUGGCUAUGGUGCCAUUAUUGGUGGCUAUGGUGCCAUUAUUGGUGGCUAUGGUGCCAUUAUUGGUGGCUAUGGUGCCAUUAUUGGUGGUUAUGGUGCCAUUAUUGGUGGUUAUGGUGCCAUUAUUGGUGGUUAUGGUGCCAUUAUUGGUGGCUAUGGUGCCAUUAUUGGUGGUUAUGGUGCCAUUAUUGGUGGCUAA